UCUCAUAAACUCAAUUGUUGAAACCACCUGUGAUGAAAUAUGAUCCUUAAACUUUUGAGAAAUAUUAAUCGAUUCAAAUGUUACGAUAAUUUUUCGUACAUUAAUAGCUUACGUUAUUUUUCGAAUCCAUCAUCAUCGGGAAAGCUUUACAUCCAGGGACAAAAUGAUCCCGAACGCCCUAAAAUUCGAGAAUAUUUCUAUUACAUUGAUCACAAUGGAAUGUUAUUUUUAGACGAUUCUCGCAUGAAAAAUUUUACUAGUUGUUUCAAGGAAAAACAAUUUUUGAAUUUCUUUUUUAAAAAUAUAAAAUAUAAUAAAACGGGACGUUAUGAGAAAGAGUUUCCAUACAUUUCAUUGUGUGGCAUCGAAAGGAAUUAUAUAAGGUGCGAUGAUGUACCAAUCGUUUAUACGCAUAUUAUUCCAAAUACGAAAGAUUCAUCGAAAAAUGAAUUUAAUUUGAUCAUUGCUUAUUCGGAUCUAGUUUAUCCAUUCAAUCCCGAAUCAUUAUAUAUGUUACCGGAAUCAAUCAAUUCCGAAAAAGAUAGUGAUGAUGAUGAUGAAAAUAUCCUGAGACAUGGUGGACGUAUCUAUCACGAAGCCGAUGAAAGAUUUGGAAAUUAUGGAUUGAUACGGUCAAUACUUGCCCAAGAGAUUGGUAACUUGUUCGUUUUGAAUGAACAACGAAUACCAAUCAUUUUCAAAUGGAAUGGAGUCGAAUACAGGCUUUCAAAUCAAUUAGCUUCAAUAAUCAUUGGAAACAAGGACAAAUAAAUCGGACAAUAAAUUUUAUUCACAUUUUUCUUAUAUACUAUUCAAUAAUAUUAGAUUGUUCAUGUCUUUAUUGUAUUUAUAAUUUAAUUUUUCUUAAAUCAUUUGGA